AUGUUUAGCUAUAUAAGAAAACAUGAAAGAUCUUUAGCUUUUGUUACUAAUGGUUGGGUAGCUAUACUGCAAAAACCACUCAAUGGUUCUUCAGAAGCGUUGAUUACUUUGAGUAUUAUUUCUCAUAGAGAGUUUGAAGAAUUGUCAGGCUUUGAACCUUUAAAUGGAGGAAGACCAGUUAUUGGUAUAUUAGGAGCCUUCUAUCACUCUUUUGGGAACGGUAAUGGAAGCGUUUUCGUAUGUAUUGUUCGAUCAGCGAAGCUAGCGCUCCAAAUGGGAACGAAAGAGCCAACUUUUCAGAUACAGUCUGUUGAAUUCGUUUCUUUAGAUCAAGAUACUUGGGACGAUGGCAAGUUUGGUCGUGAUUCCGACGGAAUACAGCAAUUAUACUCUUCGUUAAUUCAAAACGAUUCCAAUCCAACGUUGGGGGACAAAAAUUUCAUAAGCUCUUCGAAGGUAACUGAGUAUCAUCCGUUAACCAAUUUAGGUGAGUUGCUCACGGAUGGCACUUUCUAUGCAUCCACUGACAUUUGCUGUUUUACCAAAUUAGAUCCAAACACGCCGACUUCGUCUUGGGAGAUUUAUUGCUGGAAUCAAUUCAUGAUUCGAGAAUUCGCUACGCAUUUUGACGAAACCCACAUAAAUGAAAGACUUCCCUCAUUAUUGCUACGUUGCUUUCGUGGCUAUGUUGAAUCCUACGAUAAUAGCAUUUUCGCAAUGGCCAUCAUUUCGAAACUCAGUAGUUACGGCUCCAAACAAACGUAUCCUCCGUCUGGUUUAGAUGAUGACGCUUUCUGUUCGCUAUUUGUGGAAACUGAGUUUGUCGUCCAAGCGAAUAAGAAACUUGCUAGCUUUUUACAGAUCCGCGGGACUGUCCCUUGUUUUUGGGAACAAGAGUAUUCGUCUUGGUAUGGCCCUAACGUGUCGUUCACGACUUCUGAGAAAGCAAGCCAAGGUCCUUUUAAUCGUCACUUCGUUAAGCUGCAAAGAGCUUACAAAAAAAUUUAUGUUUUGGAUCUUUUAGAUGAUGGCAAGGUUGAGGGUCCAUUAAAAGAAGCUUUUAAGCAUCAUUUGAUACUGCUUCCUUUCCCUGUUGUUACAAAGCAAUUUCAUUAUUCAUUGGAUACAAGCAAGUCAAAUUUUGAAGCUAGUUUUAUAAGAUUUGUGCAAGAUACACUCAAGGAUAUGUCUUUUCACAUUCAAAACUUCGAUUCAGAUACUCCUUCCUGCGUUCAAAAUGGUGUAAUUCGCACAAAUGAUAUUGAUUGCCUUGGACGAACGAACCUAGCUCAGUGGAAGAUUUCGGAAACAAUCCUGAAGGAUUUGUUCAGCUCUGUAAACACCGAGCUUUCCGAUGGAAUCCGUGAAUUGCAUGGCCAUCUUUGGUCCAACAAUGGGGAUGUAAUUGCCAAGUUGGUGACUGGAGUUGGAUCCAUUGGUUCAAGUAUUUCUCGAAGAGGGUAUUCUUCAUUCUCUGGAUCCUUAAGCGAUUUGACGAAGACAUUUGGCCGAAUGUAUUUUGGAAGGUUUCCGGAUGAGGAGACUCAAAAUACUAUACUAUACCUUCUUGGCGCCUUUGUAGGGCAAAAGUCUGUUUUAAUAGCUGACUCAGUGUCUUCUUACGUUCAAGGGGUUUUAUAUCAGCGCCAUGAUGAAUAUGUUACCCACAAUGAAUGCUCAAUCUACACCACAACAUUUAAUACAAACGGCAAAAUCCCUUCCACGGAAGAAUUUGAAAAGUGGCUUUUACCGUAUGGUGAACAAACACCAGCAUUUGAUUUAUAUGUUCUAGGUAUUCAAGAACUCGUUAACUUAACUAUCGGCCAUCUUGUGAAUACAAGCUCACAAAAAAUGAAGCUAUGGGAAGAAAAAAUUUUGCAAACGCUGAAUUCCAAUUCUCAUAAUAAAUAUGUUUUGAUUAGCUCUGCUCAGUUGACGGGUGUUUUCCUUACAGUUAUUGUCCGGGAAGACCGGCUGAAUGCCAUCUCGAAAGUUUCGAAAGCUACCCGUAAAACCGGUUUUGGAGGAUUCACAGCAAAUAAAGGAGCAGUAGCGAUCGAGUUAAACUUUUUUGAUACCGACAUUUGCUUUGUAUCUUCCCAUUUCGCACCGAAGACUAACAAUAUUAACGAGCGAAAUAUGGAAUACGCAUCAAUUGCAGAUGGACUGGUAUUUUCGUCUGGCAUGAAGAUCUAUGAUCACAGCAAUAUUAUUUGGCUGGGUGAUUUUAAUUAUCGCAUUGAUGCGGACAAUGACGAAGUUCGAAAACUGAUCGAAGUUGGUGAUUUGAGUAAGCUGUAUUCGUAUGAUCAGCUACGGAAAGAAAUGAAUGAAAAUCGCGUUUUUAUGAAUCUCAUUGAAAGUCAGCUUACUUUUCAACCGACCUACAAAUUUGACUACAACACAAAUGACUAUGAUACAUCGGAAAAACAACGUGUUCCGUCCUGGACUGAUAGAAUAUUGUCGUCAAAGAAUAUUACUAGGACAACAUACACGUCGGUUGAUGUUCGUUGUUCAGACCAUCGUCCUGCUUUAUCAACUUUCAUACUGCACACUGUGAGAACCAACAAAGACAAAGAAGGUGAAAUCAUGAAAGAAGCUAGGAAUGCUUACUUUAUGAGUAAGGCUUCAUGA